GGCACUCGAAAAGGAGGAAAUGAACACAUGGUAGCGAGGUACACAACAACAUGACUUCGCUACCGAGUGUACACCACCAUCGCGGACCUCAAGAGACUAGAUCUCAGCGAAGAAGCAAUAUAUAAAUACCUGCGUCGUGGCGCUGGCGACGCGCAUCGUCCCGUUCGUAUUUAUUAAUAGUGAUCCUCGCGUAUAAUCUCAGUGUAGCCGUGCGUUUGUCUUUCGGGCUUAGUUACUUUGCAGCGGACAACUUCCUGGUGAAUUCGUGGAAGAGUGCGGUGUGGUGGAGGUGCCUCAGUGACCGUGGAGAGUGGAACAGUGGCCGCCCCCAGCCGCCAACUCCUAGUGAUGGGACACCGCAUACAGGCCACCGCCAGCCGGUGACGGUGACGUGACUCUGAGGAAUGUUCAUCCCAGAUACGCUGCGCAGCUGCAUGGUGGAACCCGAUGUUUCUUCAUAUCUGCAGACGCCGUCCUCGGGACAGGACGAAUUCCAUCCGUUCAUCGAGGCCCUUCUGCCGUUCGUCAAGUCCUUCUCCUACACUUGGUUCAACCUGCAAGCGGCUAAGAGAAAGUAUUACAAAAAACACGAGAAACGUAUGUCUUUGGAGGAGGAGAGACAGUGCAAAGAGGCCUUACAGAACGAGAAAGCGGAAGUCAAACAGAAAUGGGCAUCUCGCCUGUUGGGCAAGCUGCGAAAGGAUAUUACUCAGGAAUGCCGGGAGGAUUUUGUGUUGAGCAUAACAGGAAAACGUCCCGCCGUUUGUGUCCUAUCCAAUCCGGACCAAAAAGGCAAAAUGCGCCGAAUAGACUGCCUCCGCCAGGCCGACAAAGUCUGGCGACUUGAUCUCGUUAUGGUGAUAUUAUUUAAAGCAAUUCCUCUAGAGAGUACUGACGGUGAGAGGUUGGAGAAGAACCCGGACUGCUCACAACCUGGACUGUGUGUGAAUCCAUAUCAUAUAAACGUGUCAGUGAGAGAACUGGAUCUGUAUCUAGCUAAUUUCAUCAACAGCCAUGAAAUACUCAGCGGGGUUUGUUACAACAACAACAAGAAGGAGGAUGAUCGAAAAACGAAAGGAUACACUCACAAUCCAUAUAACGGUGUGGUCUGUAAUGACAUCAUCUUAGCCACUGGAGUUUUCUCAUCUAAGGAACUGUGGAAGUUAUCCAAAUCAUCCAUCCUGCACGAGCUCUCGGAUACCCAACCCAACAUGAAUAACGUUAAAAUUGAACAUCCAGCCUUCUACUGCAACAGCUAUUCCGAUCAGGGACCCGUUGCAGAUCGAUCUUCCUCUGUCGAUGCCAUGGUGGUAUCAGCAACUUACUCAAUGCCUCAAAAUACUACACUAGUGUCUUCCAGUUCACAAGCAAGUCCGAGUACGUUGUUUUACCAACACAGUCCUGAAGCUCAUUCACAACAUCAGAAUCACGUGAAAUAUCCAGAAAAUGGCCACGACACACUCUCUGAUUUUGUCACUUUCGUCUGCCAGGAGACGGACAGUAACCAAAAUUCGCAAAUGCCAUCAAACUUAUCACGCAGCCCGAAACCCCAAUACUUCCCUUCGACGAUGCUUCCACCACCCCCUCUACCCCCAAUGGCCAGGCCAGUAGCAAUAAUUCGAUCCACCUGUGACGUAACGAUGAGCGGGAACAAUUCUCCUCCAGCGAGUAUCACGCCACCUUGCGGAGAAACAUCCCCAUCGGACGAGGUGCCAGAAAUGAGUUCUUCACCGCCGUUGAGUCCGGGAAGCCACGAAAUGAGGAAGUCGCCAUCGCAAAGGAAUUCUGUGCCAACCAGUAGUCCCUACUCUCCUACUCGGGAUUAUUCCUUUAAUCACUUCCAUGGCCAGCCAGGACAUCUAUUCACGUACCCCAGUAUGACAGGAAUGACUGGAGUUAUCAGUCCCACGAACCUCAGCAUGUAUUCACCAGGUGUGAGUACGUCCCGAGGUACUCAUCGCUCCAGUAGCAUCCCAAGGUGGAGUACUCCAUUGUUCACUCUGGACCAGGAGGACUUCAGCAUGAUCACACAUCCAUCCAAUACUGAACCCAGUGCAAUAAUUUUAAUGGACGAUACCGCUACAGCGUCUACAUCUGACCAUACAGGACAGUGCUGUAACAGUGCAAAUCUAAUGUGUGAUGCGGACAGAUUUUUUCAAGCAGGAGAGACUUUAGAAGGUUCCAAUUCGAGGGAAUCCGAACGAAUGGUGGCGCCAAAGUCUCCAUAACCCUUGAAAAAACAACGACAAACUGCCUUAUGAUCUGCAGCUUUUUGGCUAUUUUGGUUGAGUAUUUUGAUAGUUUUGCGUUAUCGCAAUUACGUUGUAGGUGCUGAAGUAACGGACAGUAGAAAUCGUGUAUUCCACUCAUCUAGACACCGGUGCCAAGACAGGCUGUGUGAAACUUGUGAAAAAUGUUCUUAAGAUGAUGACACACAUUCGAAUCGAACAUUUUUCACGAGAAGGAAACGGCGGUGAACUUUUUUCUGAACGAACGAGAUAAUACUGGUCUCGAAUCGAAUUUGAGCAAGAUAAAAAUAUAUUGGAUUCGAGAGUGAUGGUAAAAUGUCAAUUAACUCAUUUUCAAUUCAGUAUGAGAGAGAAACAAAAUUUCCAUCACUGAAUAAUAGGGCUAACUCCUAAAUAAUUAUCACAUGAUAUCUGAAGAUACUCAUAUUGCGAAAACUAUAAUAUAUUGUCAGAUAUCAGAUGUAAUUUUUUCACAAAGCACAAAGAGUAGCCAGGUAUCAAUUUGAACUAUAUUUCCUGUUGAUAACUGGUCCUAUACCGAUCUGUGAGAGUGAAAAUUCGACUGGAGAGUGCAUGAUAUAUAUGAAAAUAAUGAAGUUUCAAUAUUGAUUCCGCUUUCCACUAGAUCCAUCCCAUUCAGUUUUCCAAAAGUGAGAACUCCAUUGUUUUACCAUAAUCGUUAUUGUUAAUGAAUAUUACUAAAGUUUAAUCCCAACAUCAAACCAUUAUUUCAACACCUAGAUACGUAUUUCAAUCACCAAGAAGGAGUUCAUUCAUCCUCUUGAAGCUGAUCACUUGAUGAUCGGAACACGUGUCGAGGUGUUAAAAAUAACGUUUUGGGGUUAGGAUAAAACUCCAUUAAUAUUCAUUUCUACACCAAAUGUGAAGAUUACACUAACUGUUAUUUUUUCCUAACUGAUUCAUUCAAAUUGAUACCAAGGUGGUGAUGGAGAACCAGUUUCGACAGCUUGUUUCACUUCCGUUCCUAUGUUGGGUAGAAUAUCCAGCAGUGCUUGUCUUCCACGAAUGAGCUUGUUGCGUGAGCAAGCAGUGAGCUGGGUCUGUGCCUUAGUAUUACAAUAAUAUUAUUAGGGUUACUGUAGGUUAAUUAGAUACUCAUAAUCGAGCUUCUCCACUGACAGUGCAACGAAUCCAUUGUAUAAAGUCACUCCUGACUGAUGUAUGACGUUUGAAUCACAGAAAUGUGAUGCAUCAUUGUGAUUACUAUGUAAUUCUUUAUUGACGUUUGCAUUGUCAGAAGAUGAGGUUAGAUAGUUGUUGAUGUACAGAAUGAUCCAAAUAACUACCCCGCCAACCGUCUCUCUAUCAUUGUCUGAGCUGCUUGGGUUUUUAUAGCCAUUUUAUUGAAUGACAGAACGUGGAAUUAUGUUACUUAAGAACUAUCGAAUUAUCAGCAACAUGUUGAUUUUUCGCUACUUUUUCAUGGAACAAAGUUAUGAUCAUACAUCACAUGGGCCAGUAUGCACAUCUGCUUCAAGAGAAAUGAGUAUCCUGGUUGUGAAUGUAUUUUUGUUCAGUAACGUAGAAUUCGAGAUUUCGAGCAAUGUGGUUCAAUGAAAAUGGGUUUUUUUAGAGUUUAGUUUUUAUGCAUAGGCUUUGUAAUAGACACACAACUAUAUGACAAUGAUAGAGAUUCAUAUAGAGAGAUAUCAAAAUGCGAUCGAUUGAGUGAACAAUUUUGAUUUUUUCCGAUAAUAAUUGGAAAUAAUCAAUCGAACUAGUCCACUCUGAUAAUAUUUUAUUGAAUUAGGUGGAAACAAGAAUUAUCCUCAUCAUGGUGAGCCGGUGGAUAGAUUAUGACAAAAGGAUAUAAAAUGAAAAAUACUUGUGAAAUUUGUGAAGCAUUCAAAGGUGAAAAAAUCUUUUUACGUUGCUUGAUAAUGAAAUCGGUUUUCAAAGUACUUCAGCAUGAACUAUGAGGAAUGGAAUGAAACCCUUUCUUUUGUCCAUUGGCUCCUCAUGACUCAGAUGGAGAUACUUCUUGUAAUAUAAUGCCUAUUGAAUCUUACUGUGAUUGAGUACCUUCAAAGCAGCCAAGGUUGAGCGAAAGGUUCAGCGAUCAGGUCUCGCUGGACCCCCAGGUCACGCUCCCCCCUGGCUCCUUCAUCUAGUCACGUUUAGCAGAGUGGCCCAGACUGAUGUACCUACUCCCUCCGCUGUUAUAACAAGUUUGCUCUAGUGGACACUCUGCAUUUCGUUUAAUCCCUUUACCCUGAGUACAGGUCAACAGAUCAGUUUAUUGUUGUUUUGUGAGAUGCAAGGAGGUUUCUAAAAGACAUCUAUUUACAGGAUUCUUCGGCAACAUAAUUUGCAAGGGAUAAUUUUGUUGAAUUAAUAUUUACAGGGUUAUUUGGAAAGAUGUGUGCAUGGAAAUCUCAUCAACGGUAAAAGAUAGAGUGUCGGUUGAAUCGAAAUCAAUUUGCUGAAGCAACUUUCUAUGAUCUUUUCAGCCCAACUUUUUUUAGCCCAACUGGGCUUCCCUCAACUUUUAAAUUUUAAUUAUGGACUGGUAUUGCUCGCAAUACCUUUUUGCUCGGCAGUUUUCAUGUGAUAUCAAGGAAUUGAAUUGCUCUCGUCAAUUUUGGGAGUUUUGGUAAUUUGAUGGUCAUCACCGAAAUUACAUUUUUUUAUUAGGGCUCUGAUAAUCGCUCAGAUCGAAGCUAUACUUGAACUAUGGGAUGAUUUUUGAUAAUAUACAUGGCACUUCUUCUUCGUUUCAAUAAAUGGAGCAUGGGGCACACAUUUGGAAUAUUUGGUGCUUUAUUCAUUCAAGUAUGUAUGUACAUAUCGCUUUUUCGUUCGUUCGAUUAUCAGUGCCGUGAAUGAAAAAUUAUGACUUACUUUAAAUAAUGGAAAUGAUUGAAUUGCAUGAUAAAACAUGAAUCCAUUUAUCAGAU